CGAUUACAGCCUAAAAGGAGUAGUAGCCACCAAGGAAAGCGCCAUAUUGACACGGUUCCAGUGAGACUUAUUCGGGCUCAGAACGACUUUCAUAAAAGUCAUCCAGAUCAGAGACUGUGUCAAGCAACUAUACGUACCAUGGAUGAACUUGCAUCUCUUUUGGGACCGUCAGAAGUGUGCUACAUCUCUCAAGACGACAAAGCAAGAGUGGCUAUAGGGAUAACGGCAGCAAAUGUACAGGCCCCUAUGCUUAUGCACAUGCAGUAUCGGGUAAAACUUCCGGACCAUGAUUGGGUUGUCGCAGCUGGGCACAAGCUCAUCCCAUCUGUAUAUGCAGGCAUAGCUGUUGACAGAAAUGGCCUAGGAAUGCCCGGUGCUGUCGGAUAUUCAGGUCCAACUUAUGUCGCCAUUCGCUCCGGCAAACAUUGUUCUUCAACUGCUUUAAGUCAUUGUAUGGACUUUGAACGAUUACUGAACCUCCCUGAAUUCAACUCUAUAACAAAAUGUUCAGAUGAGAGAGUGAAGCCGAUUGUUAUGUUCUCAGUUGAUGGGGGUCCUGACGAAAAUCCUCGUUACAACAAAGUAAUUGAAGUUGCAAUAGGGGAGAACGGGGUCAACUUGGACACGGGUCAUAUUGGACAAAGACCCUAAGUGCUACAUGUUAAGGAAAAAAAUUUUUUUUUUAA